UUAUCGGGCUCGGCAAAUAUGCUCGGGAAUUCUUUGAAUGCAUUUCGAGCUGUUCGUUUAAAUCAUAUAGAAUGCCUCAUGAAAAUGAAUCAAAAUGAUUUGGAAGAAAGCGAUAAUUAUGGACAACGACCAUUACAUAUUGCUUGUAAACUUGGAAAUCUACAAUGCGUCGAUUAUAUAAUUCGAAAAGCACCAAAUACAGCAGACUUGGUAUCGCAUUACGGUGAAAAUCCUCUUUUGGUAGCGAUUGCAAUGGGUAAAGAAAAAUGCGUUCAGCGAUUAUUACAAGGCAAUUAUAAAAAAGCACUAACGAGGGCACUUCAUCGCGAUUUGAAUGGUACUUCAUCGCUUAUGGCUGCCGUUGCACGAAACGAUAACGAUUUGGCAUUUUGGUUACUGAAAAGAUUUGGAAAAACUCUUGCGAUUUGUCCAAAUAACUAUAAAAUGCUACCGUUACAUUUGGCUGCAUCGAGAGGUAAUAUCGAAUUCAUCCGUAUUGUCACCAAAUACGACAAUCGAAUGACAAAUGAAAAAGAUAUUUUUGGCUUAACACCUGUUUUUUAUGCGACGCAAGGUGGACAUCUUGAAUGCUUGCAAUAUCUCGUUGAAAAAUGUCGUGCAGAUAUAUCGUUAGUGACACAGAAAGGACAAUCACUACUACAAAUAGCAUGUCUUGGCGGUCAUUUGAAUAUAGUUCAGUGGUUACUUCGUCGUUCUUCGCCAACAGCAGUCUUAUGGACGACUAAGGACAACGUCAAUUCUCUACACUGUGCCGCAUAUCAAGGAAAUGUAGAAAUUCUAAAAUUAUUGCUAAAUAAUUUUCCAAAACGAAAUCGUCGCGAAGCUUUGCAUAUUCGAGAUUUUUAUGGUAAUACGCCUCUUCAUCUUUCGGCUCUCAAGAAUAACAUCGAAGCAGUACAAUAUCUUGUAAUGAUGAAUUAUUGGAAAAAGGAAUGGCUUCCAUUACUGUCGACGACAGCAUCAUACUGCACCGCUUGGAAUUUAAGGAUAAUGCAACAAACUCCGUCAUUCGGUAGCUUAUUCCAGUAA